UUUAAUUUUGAUUUCAUUAUUUGAGUUCUUUUGGGUGUAUUUCUAGCUUCUUGGUUUGCCUUCUCUUUAUCACAAAAAAGGUUAGUUGAGUAGUGUACAUAUCCUCCUAUUGGAAACCCGUGAACACAUUCUUUUCAGAAUUCAUCUCCCACACCAUCUCACUUCUUCACAGGAUAAUCAAUCACUACCUUCCAAAUUUCAUCACUCCCCACUAAAUCAUCCCCAUCCCAUCACUAUAUAACAACAACAAAUCUUCUAUAAAUGAAUCGCAGAAAACCAACUCAUCACCCGAUUCCAACUCAUCGAGUCAUCAUCACGAUGACCAUCAUCUCCAUCUUCUUCAUCUCUCUCCUCAUUUUCACCCACCCCACCACCACCACCACCACCACCACUCCCGAUCUAAUCCAACAAGCUUGCAAAGCCACCAGGUACCAACAACUAUGCGAAUCUUCACUAACCCAAUACCCUAACAAAACCCCAAUCGAAAUCAUCCAAUCAGCAUUAACCGUUUCAUACAACACCCUCCUUGAAGCUCAGUCAAUGGCACAACAGAUUCUCGAUUCAUCCACAACAAAUCUGAACAGAAUAACCGCCGCUAAGAACUGCAUCGAGCAUCUUAACAACUCGGGCUACCGAAUCAAAUCCACGGUGGACGCAUUGCCACGUGGCGAGAUAAAAAACGGGCGUGCUUGGAUUAGUGCGGGACUGGCCUACCAGUACGACUGUUGGUCCGCCUUGAAGUAUGUGAACGAGACUAAGCUUAUUAACAAAACGAUGUCGUUUAUGGAUAGUUUUAUUGGGUAUACUAGUAAUGCGUUGAGUAUGAUGGUGGCGUAUGACGUGUAUGGGGAUGAAACGGCGUCGUGGAGGGAACCGAAGACGGAGAGAGAGGGGUUUUGGGAGGGUGGUGGUGGUGGGGUGGUGGAAUUGGGGGUUCCGGUGGGAUUGAAUGCGGAUGUGACGGUGUGUAAGGGUGGUGGGUGUGAUUAUGUGACGGUGCAAGAGGCGGUGGAUGUGGUGCCGGAUUGGGGGUACGGGCGGCGGUUUGUGAUACGGGUGAAAGAAGGGGUAUAUGAGGAAACGGUUCGGGUUGGGAUUGAAAAGGUAAAUGUGGUGGUUAUUGGGGAUGGGAUGGGUAAAACGGUAAUUACUGGGUCUUUGAACGUGGGCCAGCCUGGGUUGUCGACGUAUAACACAGCCACAUUCGGGGUGGUAGGAGAUGGAUUCAUGGCAAGUGGUUUAACCAUAGAGAACACUGCCGGACCCGAUGCACACCAAGCCGUAGCCUUCCGCUCCGACAGUGAUCAAUCCAUCAUUGAGAACUGCGAGUUCCUAGGCAACCAAGACACCCUUUACGCCCACUCACUUCGCCAGUACUACAAAUCAUGUCGUAUAGAAGGCAACGUCGAUUUCAUAUUUGGCAACUCUGCUUCCAUCUUCCAAGACUGCACCAUCCUUGUCCGUCCACGUCAGCUCCGGCCCGAAAAGGGAGAGAACAAUGCAGUAACCGCACACGGCCGGAUCGAUCCUGCACAGUCCACUGGCUUUGUGUUCCAAAACUGUUUGAUCAACGGAACCGAAGAGUACAUGAGGCUGUACAACAGCAAACCUAAAGCCCACAGGAACUUUCUUGGAAGGCCGUGGAAGGAGUUUUCAAGGACGGUGUUCAUUAAUUGCAAUUUGGACGCGUUGAUUACACCGCAGGGGUGGUUGCCAUGGAAGGGUGAUUUCGCGCUGAAGACGCUUUAUUAUGGAGAGUUGGGUAACAGUGGUAGGGGGUCGGAUUUGUCGGAAAGGGUGAACUGGAGUAGCCGAAUUCCGGCUGAGCAUGUCAAUGUGUAUUCUGUUGGGAACUUCCUCCAAGGUGAUCAAUGGAGGGUUGCAUCUUCUUAGUUAGUUGAAUUAGUAGCAUUUUUUAUAUUGUUGAUUGUUAACAAGUAGAAUUUAUAUUGAAUACACCAAGUCAUCAAGUCAAAUACAAAAAUUUGCUCAAAUGAAGUUUGUUUUGUCUGAGUUGUCA